AAAUCAGACCCCGCGCACAGGACCUUCUCCUUGUGCGUAUGUGGCAGCGGUGGCCAGCAGAGUUAAUCCUUGACAAUGUCGUCGCGCGCCGUACGGCGGCUGCUUCAGCAGCGUGAACAAGAGGCCUGGGCCAACCUUGCCCGCGAGGUAGACGAAGCCUCGGAGGAUGAGCAGAGUCAGGACGAGACUGCUUCGUCCCCACUACCUCGUGCCAAGCCCAAGCCCAAUCUCUUCGCGGCUCUGAAUGCGGGCUCAGAAUCAGACGACAGUGAGCCCGACAACGGUUCUACUCCCGAGGCAAACAAGCAAACGGCUACAACACCAGCGCCCACGACCAGCAAAUCAAAGAAGAAGAAAAAGAACAAAAACAAGAAGAAGAAUAAGAAAAAUGACGCUGCUGGCAAGAAUGACGAGCAAGCCACGAGCCUCAACGACGCUGCUGAGCCCCCCUUGGACGACGUCGACGCUGCCAUUGCCGAGCUACAAGCUGACUUGGGCUCCAAGUGGGCCACGCGUGGCGCUGAUGACGAUCUAGACUCAGCCCCCAAACUCCGACAAAACCUUCUCGACAUUGACACCCGCCUUCUGGAUGCCGAUGCCGAGUUGCGGCGCAAAUUUCACAUGGGUCGGCAAACCCAAGCUCCCCGCCGCGGUCGCACCGUGCGCUCCUCUAUGGUUCAUCCAAAGGACAACUGGCCUCGCAUGCAACGCACUGGCCUAGCCAUGGUUCUUGCGCCCGACGAGCAAGAAGAUGGCCAACGACUGUUUCAGCUGCAGCACUCACCGGCUUACCAAGAGGUUCAGCUGCGAUUUUUGCGUGCCGUGCGCACCAUGGACCCCAAUGCCAUCUCCGCGGUCCUGCAACACCACCCAUACCACAUUGACUCGCUUUUGCAACUCUCUGAGGUGUGCGCAAUGGGCGGGGACGUGGCCACCGCUGCUGAUCUCGUGGAGCGUGCAAUCUAUUGCCUACAAGCAGCAUUUCAUCCAACAUUCAAACCGGCUGCGGGGCAGUGCCGAAUGACCUACCGUACCUACCACAACCGCGCCCUCUUUCUUGCCCUCUUUCGUCAUAUUGGCUAUGUGCGCAACCGGGGUUGCUAUCGGGCCGCCCUCGAGCUCACGCGUUUCCUCUUCAGCCUGGAUCCCACCGAUGAUCCACUGGGUGCACUCUUAAUCAUGGACCAAAUGGCACUUGCUGCUGGUGAAAACGAUCUUUUGGUACAAAUGAUGGAGGAAUGGCAUUGGGAGCGACACUUGGAGUCCCUGCCCAAUUUCGCCUUCAGUGCUGCCCUGGCCGCCUGGCUGGCGGCCCAGGAUUUAGCUGAAGGCGACCAGCGCCGAGCUCUGCUUGAAGAACAAGCCGAAACUCGCCUGCUAGAUGCCUUGCUUCGCUUCCCUGAAGUAGUACCGCUCAUGGCCACGCAGUCGGGUGCCAAUUUCCGCCCCGAGGUUUUGCAACACCGACACUUUAAGCUUCCGCUCUCCCUCAAUUCGUCGGAGAAAAACAUUCGACUUUUGGUGACGCUUUACUUGGAGCGUUGUUUGGACUUUUGGAAGCCAGAGCCAGUUAUUCGCUGGUUGCACGAGAGUGCGUUGCGCCUCACCCAACGGUUGGAGGCUGAGCCCGAACUUCAAGCGACAGCUGUCACACAUGCUGAGGGCCGUAAAACCAACUACCCAUUCCUGCCCUUUAACAUCCAGCGUCAUGUUCUGAUCAGCAACGUGUCAAGCGCCAUGGCGCUGCUCCCAGCCUCUGCUACAGCUGAAGCCGUGCUUGCAUACGAUCCGCUGCCACCGACGGGUCCCGGGACUGAGAAUCCGUAUACCGCUGUGCUAAACAGCCGAGUGCGGGAGGAGUAUGACGGCGGCAUUCUGGAGGCAUUUUUCCAGUCGCUCAUGCCCAACUUCAAUAGGGCGGCUCAGGCCGCUGAAGCUGAACAGCGCGGACGCCAACUGCCUGCCGACAUGGAGGCCGGCAAUCUGCAUCAGCGCGCCGCUGAGUGGCUGCGCUCCAUGCCCUCGCUUGCCAACCUUUUUGGUCGCCAGGAUGGCGAUGAGGGUGAGAUUGCGAACGAUGAUGAGAUGGCGGCAGCCAACUUGUAUCUGGACGAGGAAGAGGAAGAGGCUGUAAUGGCUGCCCUGGCCGCGGAGGCUACGGCCAACGCAGGCAUUCAGCGAGCGCCGGAUGCAAAUGAUUCAGGGAGACGACAGGGGUAG